GGGACACCUGCUGUCUGGCCAGCCCAGAGGGGCCAUUUGCCUUUUUACAUGGGUUUGUUUGAUUAGUCUAAAAAAGGCCGGCUUGGAACAAGACAAAGCAUGCCAAGCAGGGAAGAGGCAUGUGUCUCCUCUUCAGUGACCACAGGGAUGGGGUAGGGCCCCACAGCCAAGCAGGGAAGAGGUGUGUCCUCUGCAGUGACCAUGGGGAUGAGGCAGGGCCACACGCUGAUGCUUCCCCUGCCUUUGCGCCUUGGCUCUGGUGCCUUCUCUUCAGAGGCACCUAUUCAGGGUCUCUUAUGCCUGGAACUGCUGUGCCCUGUGUCCCCCCCAACCCCAGCAGCACUGAUCUCCUAAUGUCAUCUGGUUUGCCGGGCUGCUGGCUCAUGGCCAGUCUUCCUCCAGCAGCAGGCACUGUGCACCUUGCUGCCUGCUGUAUCCCCAGCAGCUGGCACUGGGCAGGUGCUCACUGUGCCAUUGCUGGAGGAGUUUUUGUCAAAUAUACCCAAAGAUAAAGGUUCCCCACUUCCUGGCUUUAGUCACAGAGCAACAUAUGAGGGUCGUGGAUAGAUAUUAACUCCACAUGCUCCACCUCCCCUCUUACCAGCUGCAUAAUACUCCACAGCAGGCAGAUGCCUUCCCACUCUGGGCCAGUCCAGCCUGAUGGGCAUCGGCAGGUAUCCAGAGCAUUUCCUCCAUCCUUGCCUGAAGUCUCUGGAGACCGCCUUUGGGGGUCGGGAGAACUUGUCCCCUGCGAAGAGGGCCUGGGGUUGGUGUCUGGAAACUCCGAGGCUGCACUUGCCGGCGGUCUCUUAAGGCCACAGUGUCCCAGUGAUUUCUGCCCCGCAUCCCCCGGAGCCCCAGGACUUGUCCAAGGUCAGGGCACCGCGGUGCCCCCGGGCUGGGCCGCAGCCAGACUACACCUCCCGCGUGCCUUCGCUUUGCACCAAGAUCGCCCAGGAAAUGCCUGCGGGCACCUUGAGGAAGGUCAGCGGCUCCAGGCCAGCUCGAACGUGGGGUGCGGUCAGUACCUGCUGCAAAAGCCCUUAACGCUUCCGCCUGGCCCCUCACCGCCGCCGCCGCCGCGGGGGCUGGCUGGACGAGGCGGGCAGGCGCGAGGAUGCGGACGAAUCCGAGCGUCCUCGAGUGCCCGGAGAUUCUCCGGCCUCAGUUUCCCGGUCGGAGGCAGGGCGCGCGAGGGGAUACAAAUAGCUAAGGACCUGAGGUUUCGGUUUCGAGGUCUUGGGCCGGCGCUGGGCAGGCUGCGCGGGGUCCCGGCGAAGGGACGGCUCGGGUGGGCGGCCGGGGGGUGUUGGGGGCUGCGGGCGGCGGACAAAGCGGCGGCACCACCCCGCGGCGCGGGCCAAUGGAAUGAAUGGGCUAUAAAUAGCCGCCAAUGGGCGGCCCGCGUUGCACCCCUUAAGAGCCUCGGGAGAGCGUAG